AUGUCCACAACACAGAAUGCAAACGCGUCGACAUCCCGGUCUUCUGCAAACGCCGGUUCGCAGCAGAAUUCGCCAUCAUCUGUGAAGCCCGAGAAAAGCGCCGGGAUCAAGGCCUCUACGAAAACACUGUCUACGUCUGCGAAACGGAUCCAGAAAGAAUUGGCUGAGAUCACGCUGGAUCCGCCGCCGAACUGCUCUGCCGGUCCCAAGGGCGACAAUUUGUAUGAGUGGGUCUCCACGAUUCUUGGUCCCCCGGGAUCAGUUUAUGAAGGCGGUGUGUUCUUCCUGGACAUUCAUUUCCCUCAUGAUUACCCGUUCAAGCCGCCGAAGGUGACGUUUCGAACUAGGAUUUACCACUGCAACAUCAAUUCCCACGGGGUCAUCUGCCUCGACAUCCUCAAGGACAAUUGGUCGCCAGCCUUGACCAUUUCGAAGGUGUUGCUAUCUAUCUGCUCACUGUUGACGGACUGCAACCCGUCCGAUCCCCUGGUUGGCUCGAUCGCGACGCAGUACUUGCAGAACCGCGACGAGCACGACAAGAUGGCUCGGACUUGGACAAAACGCUAUGCCACCUAA